AUGGGACCCCGUUCGGGCUCCGGCUUCUUCGUGAGCCGCACGGCGGCCCUGCUGCUGGCCGGGCUGGCGGCCGCGCUGCUGCUGGCACUGGCCGUGCUGGCCGCCCUGUACGGCCGCUGCGCGCGCGGCGCGCCCUCGGAGCUCGGCCGCUGCGGGGUCCCCGACGCCGGGAAGCCCAACGCCACUCCCGAGCCGGAGGUGGUGACGGUCACCCCGGACGCGCGGCGGCCCUCGGGGCCCUGGGACCGGCUGCGCCUGCCGCCCGGGCUCGUGCCGCUGCACUACGAGCUGGAGCUGUGGCCCCGGCUGCGGCCGGACGAGCUGUCCCCGCCGGCGCUGCGCUUCUCCGGCCGCGUGAACAUCACGGUGCGCUGCUCCCAGGCCACGGCGCGGCUGCUGCUGCACAGCCUCCUGCUGGGCUGUGACGGCGCCGAGGUGCGCGGCCCCUUGUCCCCCCCGGGGGCCGGGGGCGCCGCCGCCGCCGCCGGGGGCCGCGUGCCGGUGGACAAGGUGUGGCUCGCGGAGGACACGCAGUACCUGGUGUUGGAGCUCGGCGAGGCCCUGCAGCCCGGGAGCCUCUACGAGCUGCAGCUCAGCUUUUCGGGGCCCGUGUACCAGGACGCUAGGGAGGGGCUCUUCGUCAACCUCUACACGGACCAGGGUGAGCGCAGGGCCCUGAUAGCAUCUCAGAUGGAACCAACAUUUGCCAGGAAUGUUUUCCCUUGUUUUGAUGAACCAGCUCUGAAAGCAACUUUUAAUAUUACAAUUAUUCAUCAUCCGAGUUAUGUGGCUCUCUCCAACAUGCCAAAGCUACGUCAGUCUGAAAAAGACGUGAAUGGAAGCAAAUGGACAGUUACCACCUUUCACACCACACCCCGCAUGCCAACUUAUUUAGCUACCUUUGUUAUAUGCGACUAUGGCCAUGUCAGCAGAACUGAGAGGGGUAAGGAGAUACGCAUCUGGGCCCGGAAAGACGCCAUUGCCAAUGGAAAUGCAGACUUUGCUUUGAACAUCUCAGGCCCCAUCUUCUCUUUUCUGGAAGAUUUAUUUAAUAUUAGUUACCCUCUUCCAAAAACAGAUAUUGUUGCCUUACCUACUUUUGACAGCCGUGCAAUGGAAAAUUGGGGACUAAUUAUAUUUGAUGAGUCAUCAUUAUUGCUGAAACCAAAUGAUGAACUGACAGAACAAAAGACGGUGAUUUCCCAAAUUGUCUCGCACGAGAUCGGGCAUCAGUGGUUUGGAAACUUGGUUACCAUGAGUUGGUGGAACAAUAUCUGGCUCAAUGAAGGUUUUGCGACUCACUUUGAGUUUGAAGUAACUAAUUAUUUCAAUCCUAAACUCCCAGAAAAUGAAGUAUUUUUUUCUAACGUUUUACAUGAUGUUCUCAGAAAAGAUCACUCCAUGGUGCCUCGAGCUGUAUCCAUGAAAGUGGAAAAUUUCACAGAAAUUAAUGAAAUAAAUGAGCUCUUUGACAUAUUUACUUACAAUAAGGGAGCGUCUUUGGUCCGGAUGCUUUCUAAUUUCCUGACUGAGAAUUUAUUUAUCAGCGCCCUUAAGUCAUAUUUGGAGACAUUUUCGUACUCAAAUGCUAAGCAAGAUGAUCUCUGGAGGCAUUUUCAAAUGGCCAUAGAUGACCAGAGUAAAAUUGUUUUGCCAGCAACAGUAAAAAGUAUAAUGGACAGUUGGACCUACCAGAGUGGUUUUCCAGUUAUCACCUUAAAUGUAUCUUCUGGCGUCAUGAAACAGGAACCAUUUCAUCUUGGAAAGGUUAAAAAUCAGACUCUUCUCACCCACAAUGACACAUGGAUUGUACCUAUUCUUUGGAUGAAAAAUGGAGCUACACAAUCUUUAGUCUGGCUAGAUAAAAGCAGCAAAUUAUUCCCUGAAAUGCAAGUUUCAAAUUCUGAUCAUGACUGGGUGAUUUUAAAUUUGAAUAUGACUGGAUAUUACAGAGUUAACUAUGAUAAGUUAGGUUGGGAGAAAUUAUUUCAACAGCUUGAAAACGAUCAUAAGGCUAUUCCUGUUGUUCACAGAAUGCAGUUGAUUGAUGAUGCAUUUUCCUUGUCUCGAAACAAUUAUAUUGAGAUUGAAACAGCACUUGAUUUAACCAAGUACCUUGCUGAAGAAGAUGAAAUCAUAGUAUGGCAUACAGUCUUGGUGAACCUGCUACCCAGCAAUUUUGUUUCUGAUGUGGGCAACUACUAUGAUACAUACACAUUAUUAAAGAAGUAUCUAUUAAAGAGACUUACCUCAAUAUGGAAUCAUUAUUCAACUAUAAUUCGUGAAAAUGUGGCAGCAUUGCGAGAUGACUAUUUGGCUUUAAUAUCGCUGAAUGAACUCAUUGGGAGUGUGUGUUUCUUGGGCCUUGAGGAUUGUCUUCAGCUGUCAAGAGAACUCUUCAAAAACUGGAUGGACAAUCCAGAGAAUGAAAUACCUAAUCCAAUUAAAACUGAGAUCUUAUGUUAUGGCAUUGCCUUGGGAAGUGAUAAAGAAUGGGAUUUUUUGUUAAAUAUCUACGCUAAUAGCACAAACGAAGAAGAAAGGAUUCAACUUGCUUCUGCAAUGAGCUGCAGUAAAGACCCACGGAUACUUACCAGAUACAUGGAAUAUGCCAUCACUACAGAUUCAUUCAAUUUUAAAGAAACAAAUAUAAUUGAAUUUGUGGCAGCAGUUGAUGUUGGCCGAUACAUUGCAAAAGACUUUUUAGUCAACAAUUGGCAAGCUGUGAAUGAAAGGUAUGGAAUGCAGUCAUUGGAUACUCUAAUGGAUUUAAUAGGGAGAACCAUAACUACAGAUGCACAGGUCAUGGAGCUGCAGCAGUUUUUCAGUCCCAUGUUGGAGGAGCACCAGAGGCCCGCAGCGCAUGCCAAAUUACAGGCAAUAAAGAACAAAAAUCUGGAAAACAAAAACCGAAAUGCCAGGAUAGCUGCAUGGCUACGGAAAAACACAUAA